AUGUCGAGUAGACAGCUUCGAAAGUUACAGCAACAGCGUGAGCUUGAGCAACAAGCCAAACUACAAAUCCAAGAAGAAGAAGAAGAAGAAGAAGAAUCCGAUGAGGAGCCGCAAAUCUUACAAUCAAAACCCAGCUUAUUUGCGAACCUUGCAGCUCUAGAAGAUGAUGAUGAUGAUGAAUCUAAGGAAAUUGAUGAGGACGAAGAGCCAGAGGAAGAAGAAUUGAGUGAACCCACUGUAGCUGCGACUACGAAGAAACCUAAAAAGUCGAAGAAGAAGAAGAAGGCGAAUAAUAAGGGAAAGGAUAAAGACCCUGCGAAUGCAGUAAAAGGAACACCUAAGAAAGGUCUUGAUGAAAUCGAUAAAGCUCUCAAAGAGUUAAAUUUGAAGCAAACAAAAGUCGCGAAUACAACGAGUGCAAUGGAAGCGGAUGAAGAUUACGAGAGAGUUUGUCUUCUAUUGGGCAUCAAUACGCAGCAUCUCAAAGUUGCAAACGAAAUGCGAAGUCUUUUUGGACGCGCCGCUACGGAAAACCAUGAAGAUCCUGGGGGACCUACAGGCCGUGGCGCAAGAAGACAACGCACACAACAGAUGGACUUAGAGACAGUUUUGAAAGGACACCAUAAACCUGGCAAAGGUCUUUCGGAGCUCACCAUACGACGCAACUAUCUCAUUCAAGGAAAAGAUGAAUGGCCAAAAGCUUCCUCGGGUGGAUUGACUAUGGCGGUCCUCGAUAAUCAAGAGGUAGUUGAUGGUACUAUAGAAUACAAAUUCGUGCAUGAUGAAACAUACCAAGUUGUUCAGCAGACAUUUCAAGCUAUGGUCGAAAUGGGUGAUCCCCAAAACCUUAUUGGACUUAUCCAAAGAAACCCGUAUAAUAUUUCUUUACUUCUCCAAGUCAGCAAGAUCGCAAAAGACCAAGGCGACCAUUCUUUAUCAUCGGAUCUUGUUGAGAGAGCCCUGUUUACAUUUGGUCGUGUUUCAUUAUCAUCCUUCGGUACCAAAUUGGCCAAAGGUAAAGCUCGAUUGGAUUUUUCCAGACCAGAGAAUCGAGAAUUUUGGUUAGCAGGAUAUCACUACAUCAAAUCUCUCAUGAUGAAGGGAACCUAUCGCACCGCCUUUGAAUGGGCAAAGCUUCUCUUGAGCUUAGAUCCCGAGGAUGAUCCAUAUUGCAUGAGAUGGAUGAUACACCAUCUUGCCUUACGCGCACAUGAGUUUCAAUGGCUUUUGGAUUUUGCCGCCAGUCGAAAUGUACCAGAGUGGGCUAACACAAUCGACUAUGCGAAAGCAUCAUUCGCCCUCGCUGCGCAACAACUUAAGGACGGUCCCAAAUGUAGAAAACUUGAUCUUGAUACACCGAAGUCCAUUUGGGGUACGGAACCGCCAACUGCUUCUGACAUCUUGUUCACGGAAUUGUAUGUUCUUCAGGCAAAGGAUCUCUGGAACACUCCUGAGUCUACUUCAUUGCUUAUGGAAGUGGCACAUACGAUUGAAAAGCCCGAUUUAUCCAAAAUUCCCUUACUAUCCGACCUCAGAGAAAUGAGUCUUGACAUUGUCAGAUUUGUUUACUUGGAUAAUCGACGAGAAUUGAUGUCUCUUGUUCCAUCGAACAUUCUUCAUAGAAGCAACAACUCUGAUUCCGAUCCACUCCCGCCUUACCGUAGCACCAUCUCUUAUCCGUUGCAGGAAAGGCAUCUAGAAAUCGAAGAAGAAGCGACAGUGGAUGGAUUCAACGAUCCCCUUGCAGCUCUGGCACGACUCCUUCCAGGGUUCCCAGGUUUAGAAGCAUUCCGAGCUCGUGGAGCAGCUGAUGAUUUUGAAGGUGAAAUUGAGGUUGAGAACGAAGAUGAACAAUUUGAACGUUUCAGAGAUUACGUUGCAGAAGCGAUGCGGAUUGAAGGAAUAGAAGAGGAGGGAAUAGAAGAAGAGGACGAUAAUGUAGAUGACGGACAGCUACGUGAACCUAUAUCACCGUCUAACACAACAAGAAUCUUGAACAGCUUGAUGUUCUGGAGAACACAAUCUGCAAAUGCUGACCAUUCCGAAUCAGGGGUAUCGGACACGGAAACUGAAGACGAUGACGACUCAUUGCCGGGAUUGAUAGAAGGUGGUGAAGAGGAACAUCAGGUUGAAAAUAGACAGGCACAUGUUGAGGAUGCCGAUGAUGAAGAUUUUAUCCCAUCUUCGAAUUAG